UCAAAUUUUUAUAAAAAAAAAAAGUUGAAACAAAAUAUUCUUGCUUCUGGAUUGUAUCUAGUUGCCACAUAAAAAUCACUUUCAUUUUAUAAAAAUUGGCAUUGGAGUCUUAAAUCAUUAUAUUACUUCUUAUUGCUUAACUUAUAAUGAGUCGAAGAUCUAGUAAACAAUACUCAGCUGAGCUUAGAGGAUCAAAAAUUAAACAAAGCAGAGCCAGUAAAUCUUCAAAAAUAUCCGUCACUUCCUCUACAAAACAAGCCAGUCCAUCCAUUAUAGUAAAUAAAAGUAAUCUAGACCUUCACACUGAGUUUAUAAAUCAAUUGCAAAAAGAGAUUUAUGAUUAUACUUUUGAAAAAAUAUUUAUAAAAUAUUUGGAGAAGCAAGCUAUUAAGCAAACAGUGCACUGUGCUACCGAAGCUAUGAUAAAAAUUAUAGCUUGGAACUACUUACGAGCAGAUACUGGUGAACAAAUUAGUGAAUUUGAUGUGUUUAAAAAUGAUGAAAAACCAUCCCUCUCUAUAAAAGAUGCUCUCACUGAAAAUGGAAAUAUGAUUGAUGAAAAUAUCUCACAAUUAGUAAGAAGCAGUCUUAUUUCUAAAUUUUUAAAUAAAGGAGAGCAUGAGUAAGACGAAAAAAAUGAUGGAAAUGGCAUUAAUUGAAGUUUUCG